GAUUUAUCUCCCGGGGGCACCUUAAGAGGCGGGUCAAUCGAGUGAAGUGACAGAUCAUACAGCCAGUGGCGUGCCGCUUAGAGUGAGCUCAUACAUAAAGAUUGACACGCGCUUUAUCAAACCAGAAAUCAGAUCUUGUCUUUACAGCCAAUAUUGAAGUUGCUAGGGAGGGCACAUUAGUGUAGGUGACAUCAGUUAUGCUGGCAACACUGUGAUUUAGAGGUUCAACUCAGCGGAACGCCAACUCCGGGGCUCGUUUACGUAGUUCCGAGCGGUUCCUGUCGUCGCCGAGCGGCUGCGUGGGGUUUGCAGACGUGCCUCCAGCGUCCGGCAGCAGCUGUCAGGAAAUUUAAUCUGGGAUUUUAUUAAAGUUUCCAGUCAUCUGAUUUUUACCAGUGUGGAAUUUACUUUUUUUUUUUUUUUUUUACUACUUUUUCCUCGAGUUCACCUGGAAUUGAGAAAAAAAAAGUGUAUGUGGAUGCUUCCAUGGAACAUAACCUCUUCUUGAGGAUGUGGAUGUACCCAGUUUUCACCUGCAGAAAGGGGGAACCUUUAUGGAUCGCACAUUUUUGAAGUUCAUUGCUCAAUCAUGGUAAAACUUGCAAACCCUCUGUACACGGAGUGGAUUCUUGAAGCAAUACAGAAAAUCAAACGGCAGAAGCAAAGGCCCUCGGAGGAAAGGAUUUGCCAUGCGGUGGCCACGCUGCAUGGACUGGACAAGAAGACCAUCCUCGAGCAGUUGGAAUUAAGCGUUCUUGAUGGCUCUAUCCUCAAGGUUACAAAUAAGGGGAGCACCUCCUACAAGGACCCCGGAAACCCAGGUCGACUGGGAUCGGUCUUGCCUGCGAACACAUCCGUGCCAUCAAAGGAUUCUAUAUGGAGUUCGAGCGACCUGCGCCACAUCGAUUGGAAUAAAAUACUUAAGAGGGCCAUCGAUGGUCUGGAUGAUACCCACGGCUCCUCGCUGAAGAACAUCGAACGCUAUCUGAGGAAUCAGGACGACCUAUCAAACGUUGUCGAUAACCCCGCUUUCCGGCAGAGAUUGCGACUGGCGGCAAAGCGGUCCGUCAAUAACGGCAGAUUGUUGAAGAACGGCCCCAGGUAUAAGUUCAGCCAUGGCGACGUGGAGGGAAGGAGCUCCAGGUGUCCAAGUGCUUCCCCCUUGCUCCUGUCAUCGGUGACGCUCCUCCCACACGAACGAGACCAGCUCCGGGUCGACCCCAUCCCAAUAUGCAGUUUCUGUCUCGGAACAAAAGAGUCCAAUCGGGACAAGAGAGCAGAGGAGCUGCUGUCCUGUGCAGACUGUGGAAGCAGUGGGCAUCCAUCAUGUCUGAAGUUUUCCCCUGACUUGACCUCAAACGUGAAGAAGCUGCGAUGGCAGUGCAUCGAAUGCAAAACCUGCAGCUCCUGCCGGAUCCAGGGCAAAAACGCCGAGGAGAUGCUGUUCUGCGAUUCAUGCGAUCGGGGCUUUCACAUGGAGUGCUGCGAUCCUCCGCUUUCAAGAAUGCCAAAAGGAACCUGGAUCUGCCAAGUCUGCAGGCCAAAGGAGAAUGAGAAGAAACUACUGCACAAGAAGGCCGAUCAGAUCAAACGUCGAUAUGCAAAGCCAAUGGGAAGGCCCAGAAAUAAGCUCAAACAAAGAAUGUGUGUAACCAGUGUUGAUGGCUCCAUGGUAGCACUUGGCGGAAGGGGGUCACCUGGUAGGGGUCAAAAGAUUACCGUCUGUUCCUCACCUUCAUCUGGUCAUGCUGCAUCUGUGAAGGACGCCAGAGACAGAUUGGCUGUUGCAGAGCCUUGUUGUGUGGUCAACGCCUCCCAAUUCACCACUUCCCCUCCCACCACCACCACCACCCCCUCCCACACGCCCACCUCCACCCCAGCCACACUCACUAUUAACAAGAAAACCAAAGGGCUUAUUGACGGGCUUUCCAAAUUCUUUACUCCUUCCCCAGUGGGCCGUCGCUCGCGAGCUUUAGCCGUAGAGUCGCCCGGCCAGUUGUACUGUAGGGACGAGGGUCCGCCCAAGCUGGCCAAGCCUCCAGAGCCGUUUGCCUUCGCUGCUGAUGCAAAAAUAACCCCUUCAUCCUCUGCACUUCCUCCCGCUUCCACUUUACCAGGACCUAGCCCCCCCUUACAGGUGUCCAGCAGCUCCACCUCCGCUAACUCGCCUCAGAGCUCUUCCAGCCAGUCUAGUGUUCCCUCCCUGAGUAGUCUCUGCAGUAGCAGCCAACUCAAGGGGCUUUUUGACGGACUUUCUCACAUAUAUACCACUCAGGGACAGUCGCGGAAAAAGAGACCCCCUUGCUACGCGCCGCCAAAGCGCAUGCCCCUUAAGCAGGAUUUGUCCAAAACAGGGUCCCAGUGCCUUGGAAAGAGCGAGUUUAGUAAAAGUAGGUUACACUCCACGUCUGCCGGGCCCGGCCGACCCCGAGGACACGCUUUUAAGAUGGUCGGUCAUUUCAAGCGUAACCCUUUCCUUAAAAAGCACAGGACACUAGCCAGGCUGAGGUAUAAAGUGAGCCCUCAGAAGGGAGCCCCCUCGCCAGGAAAGGGAGACUCAGACGGAAGAAUUAAGCCUGAGAAUAAUCAUGCGGAUCACGGCCCGGAGCUGCACGCCAAGCAGAGAGUCCAAACCCACUUUGUGGCCAUGUCUGGUGACCACGUCACUGAAGAGGAUGUGGAGAUCUUCGCACAAGUGCAGGAACUCGCAGCUCAGAAAACCGGAUCGCUAAGGUGCACAGACUCGAAUCGAUGCCCGUCUGUCAUUGAAUUCGGGAGUUAUGAGAUCCAGACGUGGUACUCCUCGCCGUACCCCCCUGAAUAUUCAAGAUUACAAAAGCUUUAUCUGUGUGAGUUCUGCCUGAAGUACAUGAGAAGCAAAAACAUUCUUCAGAGGCACACAAAGAAGUGCGGCUGGUUCCAUCCACCAGCCAAUGAAAUCUACAGAAAGGACAACCUUUCCGUAUUUGAGGUUGAUGGAAAUGUCAGCAAACUAUUCUGCCAAAACCUCUGCCUGUUAGCCAAGCUUUUCCUGGAUCACAAAACCUUGUAUUAUGAUGUGGAGCCUUUCCUCUUCUACAUACUUACAAAGAACGAUGAGAAAGGCUGUCAUCUCGUGGGCUACUUCUCUAAGGAAAAGCUUUGCCAGCAGAAGUACAAUGUCUCCUGCAUAAUGAUCAUGCCUCAGUACCAAAGGCAAGGAUUUGGAAGGUUCCUUAUUGAUUUCAGUUACCUCCUCACCAGGCAAGAAGGACAAGUUGGCUCCCCAGAGAAGCCGCUGUCAGAUCUGGGUCGCUUAUCCUACCUGGCAUAUUGGAGAAGUGUCAUACUGGAGCACCUUUAUAUGCACCCAGAUAAACACAUCAGUAUUAAAGGAAUAAGCAGAGCCACUGGGAUGUGUCCGCACGACAUCGCCGCCACUCUCCAGCAGCUCGGCAUGAUUGACAGACGCGAUGGCAGGACGGUGUUAGUCAGAAGAGAGCGAUUGAUCCAGGGGCACAUGGAGAGGCUGAGAGCCUGCCCACGCCACAGAGAAGUGGAUCCAAAGGCCUUACGGUGGACUCCUUCCUCCACUCUCAACCUCGUCCUGUCUGAGGAGGAGAGGGAGGCGGAGAUGGAUGCUGAGCGGCUGAAGGAGCAGGCCAGUGGCUGGGAGGAGGAGGAGGAGAGGGAGGGCUUCGGCGUGACUCACGGCAGCAGCAGGCAGCCGCUCACCAAGGUCCACUGCAAGAUCCCCUUCCGGACCUACGAGCGCCGCCCCGCUCCCACCUGGACCAGGCGCAUCCAGCAGUCGGAGGCGGUGAGCGACGACGAAGCCGACGAGGACUCGGACGCCUCGCUGCCCGUCCUGAAAAAAGCUCACGCCAUCCUGGCCGCCAAGAGAAAGAGAAACGCCAUUCUCAAGAAGAGAGGCCGCAAAAGGAAGCAAAUAAACAGCAGCGUAACGACGGAAACCAUCUCCGAGACGACGGAGGUGUUGAACGAGCCUUUCGAGAACUCUGACGACGAGCAGCCCAUGCCCCGGCUGAAGCGCAGCUCCAGAGGGAACGAGAUGGACGACGACGACAACGAGGAGGAGGAAACCCGGAAGACUUUAACCACGCCGAUGAAGCGACGGAGAGGUCGCCCGAGGUUGGAGAAAAACGAGCAGCUGAGCAAUCACGACUUCUGGAACGACGAGUGCAUUCUCUCCAAGAGAACGAGCAAACCUCGUCCGGUGAAGCGGAAGAAGGGCUGGCCCAAAGGAGUGAAGCGCGGCCCCCCGAAAUGGAGGUUAAAGAAGGAGCGAAAGAUGGGCUUCAAGCUGAACCUCUACACUCCUCCUGAGACGCCGAUGGAGGCGGAGCCGCAGCACGAGGAGGUCAAGCAGGAUCCAGACAGCGCAGACGAGGGCAGCAAAGAAGGGGGAGGCUUUUCGAGUCCAGUCAGGAUGCAAGAGGAGAGCCGCCGUGAGCCCUCGAGUCCUCCUGAACAUCUAUCCCAACGAUUGAGCUCCCCUGAACGCUCCGCGGAGCCGUCUCCGGCGUGUUCUCCUGCCGGAUCCGUCGAUGCUGGUUCUCCUGCGGCCGUGGACUCCAUGGCACCAGCUGAGGAGGACCAACAGGGAAGUGGACGGGAGCCAGACUCACCAGCCAAAGAUUUGGAUCAGAGCGCUGAGGGGGGCGUCUCCCUGAAGACCGGCAUCAAUGAGGAGGCGGAGCUUCAGGACGCAGAUGACGAAAGCCACAGCAAAGCAGCAGCAACUGACGGCUGCGUGGAAGAGAUUCCAAAGGACGCCCCGAAAUGCACCCCGCCUUUUUUAAAUCCAAAAGAAGACGAUGGCUCAGAGUCGAGUCCGCUGGUGUCUAAAGUUCUGAGCGCAGAGGAACCCGCUUCUUCUGCAGAACACUCUCAGGAGGAGGGGGCGGAGCUCACAGCUGCAAAUCAGACACCUGAAGCGGAGGCAGUCGCUACCAUCGCCGCUGUGGACUCGGAUAAUCCCGCAGACUCUGAGUCGGAGGAGGAAAGCGCACCGAGUCCCGCUCCUGACCGGCCGCCUCCGCCGUCUGCAGCGAGGUCCACGCUCAGCCCCGUCCUGAGAGAGGAGCCCCCGGUUUGCACAGAGAUCGACUCGGAGACCGUCCAAGCUGUCCAGUCUCUGACACAAGAAACCGAGGCGGAGAGCAUUUUCCAGGACUGCGUGGAGAGCCAGGAGCCCUGCAGGCACCUGCAGCCCUUCGCCCACGUGGCUCAAAGCCCCCAGCUCACCUCGCUGGACGAUUGCCCCCACUCUGACCACAGCAGCCCGCUGUCUUCUGCUCAGUCCCACCCCAGCCAGUCCGUGCGCUCCGUCAACAGCCCCGCCGUCUCCAUCCUGGAGAGCGGCUACACUCAGAUCAGCCCCGACCACAGCGCCAUCUCGGUGCCGUCCCUCCACAACAUGGAGACCAGUCCCAUGAUGGACGUGCCGUCGGUGUCGGAUCACUCCCAGCAGGUGGUGGACAGCGGCUUCAGCGAUCUGGGCAGCAUUGAGAGCAACGCGGAGAACUACGAGAACCCCAGCAGCUACGACUCCGCCAUCGGGGGCAGCAUCUGCGGGGCCGGCCCCUCCCAGAACAGCUGCUCCUACGGCAGCGGUCUGCCCCAAAGCAGCUGCGCCGUCAGCCAACAAAUGGCCGCCGUCAAUCCCGGCAGCUGCGGGAUGAUUCAGCAGAACAGUCUGAGCUCGCCGCCGCACUGCAGCGUCAAGUCGCCGCAGGGCUGCGUGGUGGUGGAGAGGCCCCCCAGCACCAGCCAGCACAGCCAACACAGCACCCAAAGCAGGCACGGCCCACACAAUCAGCUUAGCCAACACAAUCAGCACGGUCCACACAAUCAGCUACCGCCGCACGCCCAACAAAACCCCCACAACCAGCAUAGCCACCACCACAAUCAUCACCUGCAGCACAAUCAGCUCAGCCAGCACAAUCAGCAAGUUCAGCAUAGCCUUCACAAUCAGCACGGUCAGCAGCAGUGCGCCAUCCCCACCAACUUCACCACCACCAUGCAGCUGGCAGACAUCCCCGAGUCCGGAAACCCCAACUUCAGCCUGUACGAGAGGAUCAACCACCAGGGGGAGUACGGCGGCGGCCACUACCCGCAGUCGUCCGGUCUGAGUCUGGCCAAGCUGCAGCAGUUCACCAACACCUUCAUCGACCACCCCCACUCCCUGCCUUUCAACCACGCCGCCUCACACCCCAUCACAUCUUAUGCAAACACGCCGGCGCAGCACUCCAGCAUCGUGUCUCUGUCUCAGACCCCGCAUCGAGUCCCCAACCCGCAGGUGCAGGCCACCAUGACCCCUCCCCCCAAUCUGAGCUCCCCGCCUCACAUGAUGCUGCAGCGCAACAUGGGCAUCCCGCCCUCGCAGCGCAUCCAGCCCCAAAUGACCUCCAAGAACCACAUGUCGGCGCGCUCCAAGUCCACCCCGCUGUCGCACCACCACCAGCAGCAGAUGUACGCCCGACCGCCGCAGAGCGUGGCCAUGCAGGCGCCAUCCAGGACGCUGGCCGCCAUGCCGCGCAUGAACAUGAGCGUGAACAUCAUGCCGGCGCCGGGCUACAACGUCAACUCCAUGAACAUGCCCUCUCUGAACGCCAUGAAUGGCUACAGCAUGAGCCAGCCCAUGAUGAACAGCGGCUACCAUGGCAACCAUGCCUACAUGAACCAGUCGACACAGUACUCUAUGCAGAUGGGCUUGAUGGGAACACAGCCAUACCCCCAGCAGCCCAUGCAGGCUCCACCACAUGGCAACAUGGUGUAUCCUCCAGCUGGUCACCAUGGCUACAUGAACACGGGCAUGUCCAAGCAGUCCCUGAAAGGGCCUUUCGUCAGGCAGUAACCCCCCCGCCGGACUACGCUCCUCCCCCUUCUCGCGUGCAUUUAGCUGUUUUUAAAGAUGCACUGAUCUGGCCUUUUCUUUUAGUGCGUGUGUGUGUGCGCAUGUGCGUGCGUGUGUCUUUCCUUUCCGUUUAUUACUUAAAAACCAGCAGCAGCACUUGGAAAGAAUGCAAAAAGUUUCCGCGAGUAAACUUUAAAGAGUAUUUUUGUUCGUUCAGAUGGGAAGCCUUACAUCGUUACGAUGAAAAUAUAUUUAAGUAGUGUUAGCGUCCGACGUGUCGGGUUCAGAGCUCAGACAUAGAUUUUUAUCAGUGCUCUUGCAGUCGUGUAGCAGCCUCAGAUGAAGCCAUUUAAUGUGCCUGCUACAAGUGGACAUAGUGGCUGUUUGAACCUGUUCAGUGUACCUGUCUAACAGUGCUGACCAUUAGUUUGUACUAUACUCUUUGCCUUUGCAUAUUUAAAUUAUUGUACUUAUUUUGUAAAGUGACACAAAGCAUGCUUCAGUCUCUGUUAGUGACAGUGCAUUGAGUAGUACUGUACAAGUGUUGUGCUUAAUGGCAAGCCAUUUUAAAAAUAUCUGGCCUUUUAUUAGGUUUCCCCUCCACAGGGGGAGAAAGAUGAAACUAUAUUUUGUUAAAUCUAAUAAUGUAAAAAAAAAACAACCUGUAAACUUAGUCCUGUUUUCUGUUUGGUUUGAGAGGUUUUAUUGCGAUGUAUGUAUAAUUCUGAAGUCUUUUUGUAACAGAUCUCCUCGAGGCAGCUUUCUGUUUAAUAAAGCAGACUGAUUUCUGUCAGAAUAACAAAGCAUAUCUCAGUGUUUGUACCCUGUUGAUUCUAAAACAUUUCAGGAUGUCAAGAAAUGUGGCAGAAUUUAAAGAAACUAAAUGAUUAUAAAAAGGAAUAACAAUAAAGAAGAUAUAAAUUUAGUCCAAAGUCGAUAUUUUACAUAAUGCCUUUAAAGCUACGUUUUCAUUCCAUCUGUAGAUUUGUUUUCUAUCUUUAUAAAAUGUUGAAUUUAUAUUUUACCGAAGUGUAGAAGAAUAGAGCCUGUGAAUAGACCAAACUAAGCUAAUGGAUUGCAUGUAAAACGCAACUUGUAUUUGUGUUUUUGUUAAUAUUGCUCUUUUGUAGCCUUUGUACCUGUACAGAGUCGCUGGAGUGAACAGGAGGGAAAUACCUGGGGAUGUGCACACAAAUCAGAGAGAAUGACAUUCUUGUAUUUAUGACUUUUCUCCUUUUGUCAGUCACUUAAAAUGCUGUACAUUUUAGCAUAAAAAUAAAUUAUGAUUGACCAUCUA